GUGUAAAAUAAAAUGGUUGUCAAUGUUGGCGAACUUGUGAACAAAAAAUAGUUUGUCUGUUGUUUUUAAGUUGAAAUAACAACCUAACCUAGUAAAUGUUUGGAAGCUUCGUGAAUUUGGUGAUGUUAAUUUGAUUGUAAUACCUGUGCAGUUAUUACACAGCUGUGACAGAAGAGAAAAUUUGUUUUAAAUUUGAUACAUGUGAAUCAAAAAUGUCGGGAGGAAAAUCAGUAUUUCUUGACGUUGACUCUACGAUUUUAGAAAAACGUUUAUUGAUGGAAGACAAUGAUGACGACUUUGAUUUUCUCAACCCGUCUUCCGAGAAAGAUGUUUGUCCAUGGAAGUUGGUGACCCCUAAACCAGGGCUGUGCGUGAAGACGCGGAACCUGUCCACGGGAGAGAAGGUGUUCAUCAACGUGUGCACCACGGGCGGGAUCCCCGAUCCGGAGGACAUCUCGGAGGCGGCGCUGGUGCAGAUCCUCAGCUCCGACGACCCCACCACCUUCCGGGUGCCCAUGAGCAUCAACGAACCUUACGAGCACCCCGACAAAUCUGGCAAGCCGAGCACAGUGUAUGAUGUGGCCAUCAGCACCAACUUCUUCACCAAGAUGAACAGCAGCGAUAUAUUCAGGCCUUUUGUCAUUCAGGUGAUAAUGGACGGGCUGCAGAGCAAGUACGACAUCUCGCUGGAGUCGGAAGAGUACUCGGUCCUGAAGAACCGCAAGGCCAUGGGCGCUCUGAGGCCCCACCGCGUACAGCAGCGCGAGGUGGACUCGCGAGCGCGAGAGCCGCUCAUUCAGGAGGUGUACCCGCCCGUGCGCUCGCCCGCCCCUGCCCCCUGCAGGGAGCCCCGCUACAGCCUGGUCCGCUCGUCGCGCUGCCUGCUGGCCGACUUCCGGGUGGACGACGUGGUUUCUAGUAGGGAUCUGACACUCGACGUUGGAGAAGAUAGAAUCAUCCUAGAGGGGAAGAAGGCAGGUUAUCUCCUGGACAUAUUUGUCCCAUACUGCCUUGACCAGGACAAAACAUCUGCAAGAUUCAAUACAGAUACUAAAACCUUACAUGUGAAGAUGCCAAUUGUUUCAAGAAGCCAACAAAACACGUGACUGUGUGUCGUAACAAAAUAACAAGCUCUGAUAUUUCUUUUGUAUCAUUAUUUUCAAUAAAUUAAAACAAGCAUAUUUAAAUUGUAUGCUGUUGAAUA